AUGGCCGACUAUCCUCAGCUCCACGAACAGCGAAGAGCUGUCCGUCGAGUGAUUCGUCACCUCAAACACAUCAUUCGCCUCCAGUCCGACGGUCGUUUCAAAUGUCAUGACAGACUCAAGGAAAUACCAAGCUUGCACUCCCUCAAACUUGUGGCAAUUGGCGGCUUUGCCGUCAGAUCGUUACUUCCGGUCCCAAGGCCCACCAUGGAUGUGGAUCUGAUGGUAGAUUUGUAUCCAACAGGAGAUGAACUCCCCAAACUACCCAACGGUCUUGCUCAGGCCCUCAAGGCUUUGUUGAUUUUCCAAUACCCUGAGAUCUACAGCCAGGACGGGGACUACUUCCGUGUCAAGAUCCAAAGCACUCCAGCCUUGAGAAUUAGGGUCGAUUUUGUAUUGAGCGCGCUGUUGCCGUUUGUCCCUCGUGCCGCGCACCACGUCCUCACCAUCCCGACGAACCAUAUACCGCUGUCCUCCAUUUCUGAUCUGCUGGCUCAAAAGGUGUACUGCUGCUCGCUGAGACCCUGGCUGGACAAAAGCUUCCAGGAUGUGGCGGAUGCAGAGCGGUUGGCGACACAUCUCGGACCUCUUGUUUAUGGAUGCCAAUCCGCUUGGCUGGUCGUCGUGAAGAUUUCUUUCGUCUUCAUCCUGCUUCUGGUGUUCACUUAG